CCCCCUCAACAAGAAAAACGUUACUUUCUUCUCUACGGUUGUAGGUAGUUACUCUUAGUAAACUCUCUGUGUGUGUGUGUGUGAGAUAUAUAUAUAUACACACAUAUAUAUAUAGAGAGAGAGAGAUAGAGAGAGAAAGUGCUCCAUCGCGAAUCAGGUCAUGGCGGAGCUCCGUCACUCGACCUCCUCACUCGGCAGCCGAGCAUCUUCUUCUCCGAUGAAGCGCGACGGAGAUUCCUCCCCUCUCAUUCCCGAUAAUCACCUUCCCGACGACGACGAGCACGAUCGCCACUCUUCUAAGGACCGUGACCGUCAUCUCUGCUCGUAUUUCCAGUAUCUAUACUCCUUCUUCACCGAUGAACCUAGGGUUCCUCCUCCUAACUCCAGGAUCUCUCUAUUUUUCACCUUACUUCUUCUUCUCGUUGGUUUAGUCUUCAUAUUCUCAAUCCUCCAUAAAUUGAAUGCUCCUUACUUGUGUAAAAAAGAUGGGAUUGUUCUUCAAUGUCCACACGUUAAAGAAUCGCCAUCUCUUUGGGAAAAUCCUUUUUCAUCCACGACAUCUUGGAAGCCUUGUGCUGAGCGCCGGGAUGGUGUUAUAUCAGAACUUCCUCCUGAAAAUGAAACAAAUGGCUAUAUAUUCAUCCAUGCUGAAGGUGGUCUAAAUCAACAAAGAAUUGCGAUAUGCAAUGCAGUGGCUGUGGCUAAAAUAAUGAAUGCCACUCUUAUUCUGCCCGUAUUGAAGCAGGACCAGAUUUGGAAAGACCAAACGAAAUUUGAAGACAUUUUUGAUGUGGAUCACUUCAUUGACUACUUGAAGUAUGAUGUCCGUAUUGUCCGUGAUAUCCCGGAAUGGUUUACUGAUAAAUCUGAGCUAUUUUCUAGCAUAAGACGGACAGUAAAAAACAUUCCAAAAUAUGCACCUGCACAAUUUUACAUCGACAAUGUUCUGCCCCGAGUCAAGGAGAAGAAGAUUAUGGCCCUGAAACCUUUUGUUGAUAGGCUGGGAUAUGACAAUGUUCCUGCAGAAAUCAACAAGUUGAGAUGUAGGGUGAAUUAUCAUGCUCUGAAAUUUCUUCCUGAUAUAGAUCAGAUGGCUGAUUUACUAGCAUCAAGGAUGAGAAACAGAACAGGGAGUUCAAAUCCUUAUAUGGCUCUGCAUCUUAGGUUUGAGAAAGGAAUGGUGGGCCUAUCAUUCUGUGAUUUUGUGGGGACAAGAGAGGAGAAAGCUAAAAUGGCAGAGUACAGAAAAAAGGAGUGGCCUCGACGGUAUAAGAAUGGUUCCCACCUGUGGCAGUUGGCUCUGCAGAAGCGAAAGGAAGGACGUUGUCCUCUAGAGCCUGGAGAAGUGGCUGUUAUUCUUCGGGCUAUGGGCUAUCCUAAGGAAACUCAAAUUUAUGUAGCUUCUGGACAAGUGUAUGGUGGACAGAACCGUAUGGCUCCACUGAGGAAUAUGUUCCCUAAUCUGGUUACAAAGGAGGAGUUGGCAACUAAAGAGGAGUUAGAUGGUUUCAGAAAGCAUGUGACAAGCCUUGCAGCUCUCGACUUCUUGGUCUGCUUGAAGUCAGAUGUAUUCGUGAUGACCCAUGGAGGUAACUUUGCUAAGUUGAUCAUUGGGGCCCGUAGAUACAUGGGUCACCGUCUAAAAUCAAUUAAGCCUGACAAAGGACUAAUGUCCAAGUCUUUUGGGGAUCCAUACAUGGGUUGGGCUACUUUUGUAGAAGAUGUCGUUGUCACUCACCAGACGCGGACGGGAUUGCCGGAAGAGACUUUCCCUAACUAUGACCUCUGGGAGAAUCCUCUGACUCCUUGCAUGUGUAGAGCCUGAUCACAGCAAUUUUAUUGAUACGUUACACUUGGAUUUUACUCAACAUGCACUUCCAAGAAAUAUGCCGUCUUAGUUAUGAGUUCUAUCUAUCCCCAUGGGCUGUGGUUAAUGCACGCUUUGAGGUGGGAGUGACAGUAAAUAGAAAAAUUUGGAGCAGAGAUAAUAGCUUGCGGGAAAUGAGACUCGACUUUUAGUUGGUUAUCAUUUUAAUGAACAUAUUUCCUAUUCUGAGUAUUCUCUUUGCCGUGACACCAGGUGGUUUUUGUCUUUUCAUCUACUAACAUGUAACAAUUCCCGGCUCCCACUUCUCUUCAUCCUGGAAAGAAAUUGAUAUUUUUUGUACCAACAAAAAUGUGCAAAUCAAUAAUGAAUAUACAUGUUGCUAGGUUUC